UUCCUAUUCACAUUACAUGCAAUUGAUAGUAACGGCUGAACUUUCUUAAACAAUCUCUCGUUCACACUGAUUCUCCACAUAGCACCAAAGAGUAAAUAUAAGUAUACUGUAUAACUGUCCUUUCUUCUUUGAGUUUUUAUGGUGACAACAAUGGCAGACUUUCCUCCGAACCCAGAGGACGGAGAGCUCUGGAUCCCGUCCGAAAUCAUUCAUGAAAUCACUUCUGCACAUGGCACAGUGUCACCGCCGCCAAAACACACCGUUUUGUCUCAUCAUCCUCCUCGUCCUACGCUUCCUCCUGUUGCCCCAAACUUUCAGAUUUGCUUUGGUUCUUUUGGUGUUAAUCAAAGUGGUGUUCACCCUGACGUUGUAGGUUCCCCAACACCCUGUUCAUCUCACAACACAGUUACACGCGUAGUACAGGGAUUUGAUAAAAAAGGAAGCAGCGUUUAUGUUGAAAAAAAUGGAGGGACAGGUGUCUUUCUUCCUCUUCCUCGUUCAGUGAAUACUUGUGCAAAACCUGAUGAGAUUGCAUCAAAUCCUGGAGUUUCCACUCAAAAGAAGAAAAGGGGUGUGAAGAAAGGAGGAGGAAGUAAUGAGAAGAUGACAUGCAGCAGCUUGAAGAAAGGAAUUCCGGCAAAGAAAGAGCAGUACCGCCAACUUCCUUCUGGGAUUUGUUUGCCUCAGGAUUGGAAAUACUGAUUUAAUUAAAUAAAAGAGGAUCCUUGUUCCUGAGUUCAACAUCUCCAUGGGAGAAAAUGAAAUAAAUGAAUAAAAAAUAAAUCUAUUUGAAUA